GUCUAGCCACAAUUUUACUUAAUACGCAACUCAGUAUUGUACAGAAAAACUGAAAAAUUGGUUUCCAAAUUCCAAACAUGCUCAAAUUUAUAAUUCAACGUUUAAUGGAAUUGAAGUAAAUAUAUACCACCAAAACUCUUUAAUGAGCUUGUUCAAAUAACCCGUCAGAAUAUAACACAAAAGAAAAAAUCCCAGCGUUAAUAAACUCGUUAUUAAAAAUCACUACAUAAUGAAUCAACCUUUUGCAGUCAUAUACGCAGAUAGGCUAUAAACUGCCGGAUUAGACACUUAUUAACUUGGACGUGUUGGUCCUGAAACGUAUCUCUUUCAGAUUUAUGUACAUUUUAAUUGCGUCUUCACACAAGAUUUCAGCGUUACGUUUUAGCAGACCACGGCCUAAAUGCGAAAAUCUCUUCCGUCCCUUUCUCUACGCACUGCAUGCGACCUGCAACCCUUACAAAAAUUGUCUGCCAUCCCUCUCUGACAGACGCUCGGCUGGCACCGGGCGAAUCCCUUAUGUAAGCCAGCCAGUGCUUUCACAGCUGCCUCCUGAAACGGACGCGCGCGCUCUCACAUAAAAAAUCCCACCGACGAUGCCGAUAUUCAACUUGUUCCUCACACCAAAAAGCAUCAGUGGAUACUCUUGUGAUGCGAAACUUUUAUGAACACGAGUGUACACAAAUGUGGAAAGUGGUCGUAAAUUUAAUAACGGAUAUGUCAUACAAAAACGUAAUUUUCUUUUAAACUUACGCGCCGGGAUUAAACAAGAUUUAUAUCUGAAAACAACAGAGCUUUUCGAGUUACUUUUAGAUGUUCCUUGCUCAUUAUGUUUUGUAAAGUAAUCCAAGCACGCGUUACUGAAGUUAAAAGUGUCGUACAAUUUAUGCGCCAAACAUCGGUUAAGGAUAAAAUAAAAAUAGAUGAACUUUAAGUAGGAACUUUAAUAUAUGGACCGACAUUCGUUUUAAGUAAGUGUCAUAAAACUAUUUGUCAGCGCGUUAAUUACCACGUAGGAUAAAUGUUGACGUAUUUAGUGGAAACUAGUAGGGUUGUUGUGAAAAUAAGUUGUGACAAGAUGUUUAACAAUUUAGUCAUUAGAAGAUAGACGUAAAUGAAACAAUUAUAGAUAAAAUACAUUAAGUGCUAAGUGACGAUGAAAAGAAGAAGAGUGUCAAAUUAAUAUAGUAUUUAAAAAUAAUAUAAUAUAAAAACAAAAUGGCUGGGAAUUUGAAGAGAAUAAAGAGGCAUUCAUACGUUUUGAAUGCGAUUCUGCUGUUCAUCUCGAUGAUAUACGGAGCUGGGGGCCUCCGUACCACGGAACUCCGGAUAACGCCUCGCGUCGUUCAACGGGGAAGGAAUGUUACACUUGCAUGCUUAUACGAGCUUCACGAUUACGGUAUAUACUCCGUCAAGUGGUACAAGGGGACUCAGGAGUUCUACAGGUACUCUCCUUUGGAGAACCCUACGACAAGGGUGCUGCCUGUAAAUGGGAUUAAAGUUGAUAGGUUAAGUUCUAACGAGACGCACGUGGUCCUGCUGCGGGUGGUCCCGAAUCUUAGCGGUAACUACAGUUGUGAGGUCAUACAGAACGCUCCCUCCUACCCGCACUACACUGCCUCAGCGAGGCUCGAUGUUGUCGGUGUGGGAGGUCUCCGAGCCACAGACCUUCGGAUAUCUCCACCAGUCGUGCAGAGAGGGAACGACACGACGCUCGCGUGUCUGUACGAGCUCACGGACGCUCCUCUCUACUCCGUCAAGUGGUACAGGGGGCGCCACGAGUUCUACCGCUACUCGCCAACAGAAAACCCCACUACCAAGAUAUUUCCCUUCGCGGGGAUUAAUGUGGAUUUGGCGAGAUCCAAUCAGAGCCAAGUCGUGCUAACCAGGGUCAGCUUUGGCCUGUCCGGUAACUUCAGCUGUGAGGUCACAGCCGAUGCUCCGUCAUUCGCCACUUCUAUUGUAUCCAAUACUAUGGAGGUUGUUGCCCUACCACCGUCGUUGCCAACGAUACUAACAAGUCAACACUACUACAUCCCGGGCGACGUGUUGCGAGCCAACUGCUCGUCGGGGCCCAGUCGUCCGCCGUCCGACCUCGCCUUCUUCAUCAAUGAUAUGCCGGUGACUCCUGGCACACAUCAAGUCCACCCCGCACCCGAGGGUUUGUUCCGUUCCGAACUUUACGUGCAAGUCCAGUUGUGGCCAGCCCAUUACGAGCGAGGGGCACCCAUACUGCGCUGCCAGGCCAAGAUAGGUGACCUGUACAGGGACGAUGCCGCAGUCGCGCUAUACUCAGGGAAUAGCGACCCUAAAAUUGAGAGAGUGACAUCACCCGGAGCGGCUUCAAACCUACAAGUGUGCCAAUUUCUACUAUUACUUCAUAUUAUUGUUUGGGCAAAUAAUACAUAGGCAUAAAUCUAAGCAUAAAAUAAAAAAUGUAUAAAUUAUAAAAUAAUUGAUAAUAUAAAUAUAAAUAGGUAGAUGUAUUCGAUUCUAUCGGAUGAAAUUGUGAAUUUAAAUGAAAAAAUAGUUAAUUGUACCUAACGAGCUGACGAUUAUGCCAAAGAAUGUAAAGACUUGAGAAUAUUGUUGAUUUAAUACAAAUUAUAUAUAUGUC